AUGUUAAUAUUAUUACAACUUCUUUUACUUAUUGGUAUUUGCAAUUUAUCACCUACCUGCCCACCGUGUGCUAUACCUGAUCUCUGUAUUAAAUGUCCAACAGGAUGUUUGCAAGCGAGUGCUUGUGCUCGAUCGACAUGUGUGAAAGGAAAAUGUGAAACAAUUGGACCUACUUGUUCAAAUUGUACAACUGCCACAACAGUAAAAAUAAAAACAACCACUCCUCAAAAGUGUAAAAAAGAUACGGAUUGUAAAUCUCUUGAACACAAAAUUUGUGCUACUUGUAUAAAUGGUCUUCAUCCUCCAUGUACAAGUGUUCAGUGUAAACAAGGCCUAUGUCAUACAAUACAACCAUGUUCAUUACCUCAAACAUGUUCAAAACAUAAAAAUUGUACAUAUUCUAAGCGUGUUUGUGCACCAUGUCCAUAUAAUUGUGGCCCUGGAUGUACAACAUUUAAAUGUAAUGAUAGUAAAUGUGAAUUAAUACCAUAUUGUUCAAUAUGUAAACAAUCAACACAACAAAAAUGUAAAUGUAAUUCAAAUUGUACAAAACCUACAAAUAAAAAUAAGGUGUGUGCUGAUUGUAUGUCAAAUCAGGCACCAUCUUGCACACAAACAUUAUGCGAAAAUUCAAAGUGUGUUACAAUUCCACCAUGUUCAAAACAAGCAUGUUCAACAGAUAAACCAUGUAUUUUUAACGGACCAAUAUGUUUGAAUAAUGCAACAUGUCCUAAAGGUUAUGGGCCAAAAUGUGCUAAAUCUGAAUGUUAUAAUGGAUUUUGUAAUUUAAUAGAGCCUUGUUCACAGCAUACACAAUGUCAAGAUUAA